CUUUCUCACUCAGAAUAGUUUGUUGUGUUUAAUAAUAUGGAAGAAGAUGGAAGAAGAAGAAGAAUGGUGAAUGGUGAUGAUGAUGAGUACACAGAAGAUGGAACUGUCGAUCUUAAAGGAAAACCAAUUCUCAAAUCCAAAACUGGUCGUUGGAAAGCUUGUUCCUUUGUUGUUGUGUAUGAGAUAUUUGAGAGAAUGGCAUACUAUGGAAUAUCAUCAAAUUUGGUCGUGUAUCUUACAAAAAAGCUUCAUCAAGGGACAGUAUCAUCUUCAAACAAUGUCACCAAUUGGGUUGGCACCAUUUGGAUAACUCCCAUCUUAGGAGCAUAUCUUGCUGAUGCUCAUCUUGGUCGCUAUUGGACUUUUAUUCUCUCCUCAAUCAUAUAUCUAUUGGGUAUGUGUCUACUCACACUAUCAGUGUCCCUUCCAAGCCUAAAGCCACCGGAGUGCCAUGAAUUGGAUGUGACAAAAUGUGAAAAAGCUUCCACACUGCAUCUAGCUGUGUUCUAUGGUGCACUCUACACUCUGGCAUUGGGAACAGGAGGAACAAAGCCCAACAUUUCUACCAUUGGUGCUGAUCAAUUUGAUGACUAUGACCCCAAAGAGAAGAAGUACAAACUCUCCUUCUUCAAUUGGUGGAUGUUCAGCAUCUUCAUUGGAACCCUCUUUGCAAACUCUGUCUUAGUCUACAUACAAGAUAAUGUGGGCUGGACUCUUGGCUAUGGUCUUCCCACUCUUGGACUUGCAAUUUCUGUAGUCAUUUUUUUGGCAGGCACACCCUUUUACAGACACAAAUUACCCACUGGGAGUCCCUUCACUAAGAUGGCUAAGGUCAUGGUGGCUGCUAUUAGAAAAUGGAAAACUCCUAUUCCUACUGACACUAAACAACUCUAUGAGCUUGAUUUGGAAGAGUAUGCCAAGAAAGGGAGAGUCAGAAUUCAUCCCACUCCAACUUUGAGGUUCCUCAACAAGGCUUGUGUGAAGACUGAUUCAAGUGCAGGUGGAUGGAAACUAAGCCCUGUUACUCAUGUAGAGGAGACUAAACAAAUGCUGAGAAUGAUCCCUAUCUUGAUAGCCACUUUCAUUCCUAGUGCAAUGGUUGCACAAAUAGGUACCCUUUUUGUGAAGCAGGGUAUUACACUUGACAGAGGCAUUGGUAGCUUCGAUAUCCCUCCUGCAAGUUUAAGCACAUUUGUGACUCUAUCCAUGCUUAUUUGUGUGGUGCUCUAUGACCGUUUCUUUGUGAAGAUCAUGCAAAGGUUCACCAAGAACCCCAGAGGAAUAACCCUUCUGCAAAGGGUUGGAAUUGGCCUCAUAAUCCACAUAGUGAUCAUGGUAAUUGCAUCUCUAACUGAAAGGUAUAGACUUAGAGUGGCCAAGGAACAUGGGUUGGUGGCAAAUGGAGGAGAAGUUCCUCUCAGCAUUUUCAUCUUGCUUCCUCAAUACAUUCUUAUGGGAACUGCUGAUGCAUUUCUAGAAGUUGCAAAAAUUGAGUUCUUCUAUGACCAAGCCCCAGAAAGCAUGAAGAGCCUUGGCACUUCCUAUUCAAUGACUGCAUUAGGCAUUGGGAAUUUCCUAAGCACCUUUAUUCUCUCGACAGUUUCACAUGUCACCAAGAAACAUGGCCACCAUGGAUGGGUUUUGAACAACUUGAAUGCUUCUCAUCUUGACUACUACUAUGCACUUUUGGCCAUACUCAACUUGGUGAACCUCGUGUUCUUCAUGGUUGUGGCAAAGUUCUAUGUUUACAGAGCUGAAAUUUCAGAUUCCAUUAAAGUGCUUGGAGAAGAGCUAAGAGAAAAGACAUCAAACCAAGUGAUUCCAAGAGAUUGAUUAGAUGAAAAUGGUGGACUGAUAACAUGGGAUGGUUGGGACAACUGGAAACCAGAUUAGCAGAAAUCGAGAAUAUGUCGUAGCUGCUAUUAUAAUGUCUUUAACGUGUGAUGUUUUGGACUUAAUUCAUGUUCA